AUGGCUUCGGACGCUAUGCCCACCGUCGCGGGGCUGUCUAUUCAGUCUGUUAGCACGGAGGUAUCGAAUUACCCCAAUUGCUAUCCCGCCUUCAACCCAAUCGACAAGUACCGCGCGCAUGUCGCGGAGUUGGUCGCGGAAGCCACAGGCCUGGAAGCCGCGUUUGUCUAUCCUAGAAUCCAAUGGACGAAUAUGCUGGAGAAGGGUGAUUUGAUUUUACCUGUACCAGCGCUUCAGAUAAAGGGCAAGAAACCACAGGAACUUGCGGCGGAGAUUGCCUCAAAAUUCCCCAAGUCGGACUUAAUCGAGCCACCGGUCGUGGUAGGCGCGCAUUUACAGUUCUUUUACAGCCAUAAGCCGUUGACUCAAUAUGUCAUCCGGUCCAUUUUGGAGAACAAAGACGCCUACGGAUCGAACGCAAACGUCGGCCUGCGAGAUCAAAAAGACCCUAGCAAGGGGCGGAAGAAAGUAGUUGUCGAGUUCUCGUCUCCCAACAUUGCGAAGCCCUUCCACGCCGGCCAUCUCCGAAGUACCAUCAUCGGUGGUUUCAUCUCGAAUCUAUAUACUGUUCUAGGGUGGGAUGUGCUCAAGGCCAACUAUCUUGGAGACUGGGGAAAGCAGUACGGACUGCUUGCCAACGGAUAUGAGAAAUAUGGCAGCGAGGAGGAGCUUCUCAAGGAUCCGAUCAACCAUCUCUUCGAGGUAUAUGUGAAGAUCAACCAGGACGUGGCGGCGCAGGAAGGACCUAUAAAGGCGCUCAAGGAGCAGAUCAAGGCGAAGAAAGAGAAGAACGAAGAUGUGGAAGAGCUAGAGAAGGAACUUGCGCCACUGGUCGAUGUAAGCUAUGAUGAAAAGGCCCGUCGUUACUUCAAGAGCAUGGAAGACGGAGAUGAAAAGGCGCUCGCGCUCUGGAAACGAUUCCGCGACCUCAGUAUAGAGAAGUACAAGCAAACGUACGCUCGGCUGAAUAUCGAAUUUGACGUCUACUCUGGAGAAUCUCAGGUCAAGGAAGAAAGCUUGAAGGCGUCUUACAAGGCCAUGGAAAGCGCAGGUGUAUCGGAAAGCUCAGAGGGCGCUGUCAUCAUCGACUUUACGAAACACGGCGCAAAGAAACUUGGUAAAGCCAUCGUGAUCCGAAAAGACGGAACACCGCUUUACCUCACUCGUGACAUCGCCGCGAUCGUCGAACGAGAUGACAAAUAUCACUUUGAUAAGAUGAUAUAUGUUGUUGCGGCGCAGCAGGAACUCCAUCUUGCUCAGCUGUUCAAGGCCACGGAGCUAGUGGGAAAGAAGGACCUAGCAAGCCGAUGCGAGCACGUCAGCUUCGGCAUGGUCAGAGGGAUGAGCACGCGAAAGGGCACCGUCAAGUUCUUGAACGAUAUCCUGAAGGACGUUGGAGAAAAGAUGCACGAAGUUAUGCAGAAGAACCCUGCCAAAUAUGAGCAGAUCCAAGACCCAGUGGCAACUGCCGAUGUGCUCGGUAUCACAUCCGUGAUGGUCCAAGAUAUGAGUGGUAAACGGAUCAACGGUUACGAGUUCAACCUGGACAACAUGACCUCGUUCGAGGGUGACACAGGCCCAUACCUGCAAUACGCACACGCGCGUGUCUGCUCUGUGACCAGGAAGGCUGAGAUUAAACCCGAAGAGCUGGGUGGUGCCGACCUGAGCUUACUUACUGAGUCGCAUGCCAUCGACCUCAUCCGGCUGCUUGCCCAGUGGCCGGACGUGGUGUUCAACGCUUCAAAGACGCUGGAGCCGUGUACGAUAUUGACAUAUCUGUUCCGAAUGACGCACACGCUGAGCUCGGGCUAUGAUGUGUUGAAGGUCGUGGGCAGCGAGCCAGAGCUGAAGAUGGCGAGAAUGGCGCUUUAUGAGUCUGCUCGACAGGUUCUGCAUAACGGCAUGAGAUUGCUGGGUCUGAACCCGGUCCAACGGAUGUGA